CUGUAAAACAAACUGAGGAGAGAGAGAGAGAGAGAGAAAUCGAAGCGAAUAAAAAAUAUUUUUAUUUAUUUUUUCUCUGAGAAAAUCUGAAAUGGCAAUGGCAGGGCGUUUGAGAUCGGGCCUUCCCCUCCUCCGUCGAGCCCUCACCGUCGGCAAUCCUUCCGCCGCCGAGAGAUCCGUCGCAGCGAAAUCUAUCCUGUGCCCUAGCGUCUCCAACCCCGAGUUUGCGAGGAACUAUGCCAGUGCCGCUCCUGUUAAAGAGCAGAAAGUCAAGAUUCCUUUGACAAUGUUUGGGGUCUCUGGAAACUAUGCUACGGCUUUGUACAUCGCAGCAGUGAAAGCCAAUAUACUGGACAAGGUUGAAUCUGAGCUUGUUACCCUAGUUGAAGCUUCAACGAAAAGCCCUACAUUUUCUCAGUUCAUGAAAGAUCAUUCAGUCAGUGCUGAUACAAGAGUGAAAGCUGUGAUUGAUAUUUGUACUCAAGCUAAAUUUUCAGAUAUCACAAAGAACUUCCUGGCUGUUGUCGCUGGAAAUGGGAGGCUGGCACACAUAGAACGUAUGUCACAGAGAUUCUCCGAGCUGACUAUGGCCCACAGAGGGGAGGUUAAAGCAAUAGUAACCUCUGUGAUUCCUCUACCAGCAGAAGAGGAGAAAGAACUGAGAGAAACACUGCAGGAUAUUCUUGGACAAGGCAAGAAAGUCAAGCUCGAACAGAAGAUUGAUCCGAGUAUCCUGGGUGGGCUUGUUGUCGAAUUUAGCCAAAAGGUAUUCGACAUGUCGAUAAGGAGUAGGGCUGCCCAGAUGGAGCGAUUCCUACGCCAACCUAUCAACUUGGAUGGCAACUAAUCUGUUUACUGCAUCAAUUUUUCCCUAAAGCCUUUUAGCGAAAACAAAGGAAAAAGAAUCUUUUUGGUGAUUAUGCACGUUUAUUUAAUCGUUUUAUCUGCUUUAUGCAAAUAAAAGCUACUCUUGCUGUUCGGACUGAGUAUAAAAUUUCUCCUACUCAUUGAUGAUAUGAAUACUGUUGCUUGUACUUUGUUUUCAAAUCACGAGUUCUGUUAGGUUGCAUUUUCGAUGCAAUGACUUGAGCAAGGGACUUUAAAUGCGCAAUAAUAAACUCGUUGAGGUGUGAAUCA